UAGCCGCUCCAGAUCUCGUAGGUUCUUCCUGUGUUAGCUUCAUGCUGGCCUACUUCCAUUCUGCUACAAACUUAUGACAAUCUAACAAGAUGUCUGGUGAAGUUCUCUACUCCAAUGUCAAGUUCACUCGAAAACCAGGUGACCGAGCAGCUGAUAAACUGUGUGCAGGAAGGGAAGGUGAUGUCACCUAUGCUACACUGAAGUUUGCAGUAACUCCAAGCUCCCAGCAGCAGCAGCAGACAGACCCCACCCACACAGCAGACCCCACCCUGCCUGUGAGUGCUGCUGGCAAAGCCUCUUCAUACAGACAGUCUGCACUGGUCCUCCUCAUCCUGAGCUGUCUCUUACUGAUUGCUGUCAUCUCCCUCGCUGUGUAUCACUUCAAAACUAAAGAAAACCCUGAGAAAUACACCAGCCUGUCCACAAAUUAUUCAUCAUUACUGGAUCGGCUCCAUAACUUGAGCAGUGACUACAGCAACCUCAAUAAGAAUCAUUCUGAGCUGCAGAGUAACAACAGCAGACUCCAAAAAGAAAAUUCUGAAUUGAAAAAGAACAAUACUGAGCUUUCUGUGAAAUCAUCAAUCUUGAAUAAAUAUUGUCCUCUCAAAGAAGGCUCUUCAAAGGAGCGGGUUUGUUGUCCAGAGAAGUGGGUGCAGUUCAAUGGAAAGUGCUACUACUUCUCAACUGAUACAAUGGACUGGAACUCCAGCCAGGCUAGCUGUGUGUCAAUGGGAGCAGACCUCGUAAUUAUAGAGAGUGAGGCAGAGCAGAGGUUCUUAUUAGAUAAAGCUAAAUCCCAGACUGGGCAGAAUUCCUACUGGAUGGGCCUGACUGACGCUGUUACUGAAGGAGUCUGGCUCUGGGUGGACGGCGCUCCUCUCAAUGACAAGGCAAAAUACUGGCACAGUAAGGAGCCGGAUGACUGGAAGAAAGAGGACUUGUCUGGGGAGGAUUGUGCACGUCUUGUAUACGAGAUACAUUGGGCAAAUUCUCUCUAUACCUGGUUUGAUGCAUCGUGCACAUGGCAGCAAAAUAGAAGGAUUUGUGAAAGAACGGCAGUGAUAAUUAAUAUUUAAAAUCAGUGCGGGUCUGUUUCACUUUCUCUCUCUAUUUAGAUAGCAAACAAGCUACACAAUCAAUACCAUAAGUUACUUACAUUUAACUUUAUCAAACUAUGGUAUCCAAGUGUUUUUAUGAAAAAUAUAAAACAAAUACACAUUAAAAAAAAUCAAUCCAGAGCUUUUAUAAAGAGUUUGUUGAUUCAAAUGCCAUUUCUAUUACUGUUUUUAAAUUUCCCCUGACAUUUGCAAUCAUUUAUAAAAACAGAUCUAGAGAACAAUGAUAAGAACUAGGAACAAUUACAAACAUUCCUUAGAAAAGCUUUCCAUAGUAGCACAGCAAAGUGUAAUGAAGCACACAGAGAGGGAAAUUCCUACUGCUCAUCUUUAUCUUUUUUAGUUCUCCUGAGAAGAAAUUAAAGUCUCAGUUUCAUAUCAUGUAUAUCUCUAACAUGUCUGAAAUGUUUCUCCUAAAAGAACUACUGGAGAAAUAAAAUGAGCAACAAAUUAGAUGUAUGAGAGACACAUGAGCAUUAGAAGAGAAAUAAAACUGAGCAGUAUGAGAAAUAAGCGAUAUCUCAUUUUCCUAUCAAUUACAUCUCUUCAGUGUCUCAAAUGUUUCUCCUAAAAGCGUUAUUGGAGAAAUACAAAAAUCAUUAAAGUGACAAAUAAUACUUAUAGUUUAACCUUCCUUCCAUUUCCUCAAGAGUUAAGAGUUAUUACUUUUCCUGUAAUGCGUUUUGAGAUUCAGAAGUUUGAGUUUGUUAUUACAAAUUCCAGCUUAUUCUCUUUUGAAUGCUUUAGAAUAGUACCCAAGACAAUUUUUGCUUUUACUGCACAAAUGUCUACCUCUAAUAGUAUGGGCCUAUAAAUCUCUCUAAGUCUCUCUGCAGCAUUUACCCUCCAGCAUAAACUACGCAAAAUAAUGAAUAUCACUGUAAUAAAGGUAAAAAUCAUUCUUAUAUUCAAUUUCAAGAAAAACA